AUGCAACUGUCUUCGCUAGUGGUCAGGGUCGGUGUAUGUUGCAUUGCACUGCUUACUUUUGCCGUGGGGAAUGACGAAAAUCUUUCGCUCUCUGUUCCGGAGAAAAACAUGCAAGAUUCAGUUUGA